AUGGUCUCUAAGCCAGGUCUUGGUCCACUUGGCAUCAGUCUUGUGGUGUCGCUGUUCAGUCUGGUGCCUGCUACAUCUGCUACCCACGAUGUUCGAAAACAUGAGCAAAGCAUCAUCUCCGCAGAGGCCAAUGUCAUGCGCCGUGAUGUGGCGGCCACAGAGGAUGAGUUGAGGGGAGGGACGGCCAAGGUCAGCCACGCUUGGCAUGCCAGUGCUCAAACCAGCUUUCCACGAACGUCAGGGGCUCCGUGGCCCAAUCCGGUGCAUCAUGCGGUACAACAUGUCAAUCCCGAUGCCUCUCAAGGGACAGGCGCUGUUGGUCAAGGGCCUGCCGGAAAAGAUGCCAAGGGUGGCAAAGCUCCAAACGACGUGAAAGAGGCAGAGGCCAUCGUGGAGAAGUUUUUCAAAAUUGAAGCUAUGGUGGCCAGAGAGACUGGCCUCCCUCUCAACAGUAGCUCCGCUGCAGAAAAGGAGAUGGAAGAGGCUGCCAAGAAGGAAGAGGAAGACGAAGAGGAAGAGGAAGGUCGUAUUGAUUUACUCUAUGCUUCGAUGAUUGUUUGUGUGAUCCUUGUUGCAGGGCUGGCGUACUACAGGCUGAUGCUGGAGGUGGAGGGGCUUCGAGACAAGUCGCUUGGCCAUGGAACCACCAAAUCCUGCGAGCACAACGUCUUGGAGGGGAAUGCAACCUACGAGGGCGGUUGGCUCAACGGCCAGAAGCAUGGCAAUGGGGUGCUCACUGGCAAGGCGAACGACAUGCAAGAGGGACACGGGAAGGAAGAAUGGGCUGACGGAUCUGUUUUUGAAGGUGACUUCAAGGCCGGCGCAAAGCACGGCCGCGGACAGUUUAUUUGGUCUACCCUUUGCAGAUAUGAGGGCGAGUUCGACAACAACGACAUGCAUGGGGAGGGUGUGUACACCUGGAGUGAUGGGCGUGGUUAUUCAGGUCACGACAACUCGUGUGAGGUCAGGUCCUAUCACGGCCAGUUCCAUCACUUGGGGAUGUUGGUUGCCUUCGGGUUGGAGGGAUCCUUGAAGACACGGAUGCUACGGAGAAACCUUAGGCGCUGCCCUCUUGCUUUCCUCGCCACGAUGGUGGCGGUCUUCGAUAAGAUAGCUUGCGAGCCACGGAAUUUUGACGUGUUGCUCAUUGCGGGUCAGAUGUUGCCACGCAUGCACAAAGGCGGUGUGCCUGAAGGGCAUCCUUUCCUCAUUGAGGAGAUCGUUUUCGGAGCAUUCCGAUUGAAUGAGAGGAUCUUGGUCUAUCGCAGCAAUGUGGCCCAGACAGCAUUGCGGAGCGACAUGUCAUCCACCGACGGUCCAAAUCUGGCACAGCUUGGAAAGAAACGUUUGCAUGAGCUGGAUUGGUUUCGAGCGUUGAUGGUGAUUUUGGUCGUUUAUGCCCACAUCUCACGUAGUGGAAUGAGAGGUGGUGUUUACGGGAAGAUUGCCAAUGAUGACCGCAUCUACAAUAUGGUGGAUCCAAGCCCCUUGGGUGUGCGAUGGAUUUCAUCGGUGAGGCAGUACUGUUUGCCAUUGUUGUUUUUUGUCUCUGGAGCAGCGUGUGCCUGCUCCUUCAAGAAGACCCCUGGAAGCUUUGGCAAGAUCAUUGUCUACACAUUCUUGGGCGUUUCACUGAAUGCUGCACUGUGGCUGCUGGGGCCACAAAACCCCGACUGUGACCCGGGUACUGCAUAUGGUCGGGCUGAAUGUCAAGGUGCAGUCUUUGAUUUCACUAUUUGUCCUUUCUCUGGAAAGAUUUUCCCGAUCGUUUUUCAAAUGUGGUAUACUGCUAUGCUGCUGGUCUUGAUGCUGUUGAACUGGCCACUCUUCGCAUUCUUGCGGAACAACACCUGCAGUAGUGCUUUGAUUUUGCAACUCAUCAUGACCAUUGGUGUCCAGGCUGCUUUGGCGAUUGUUGAUGAGAGCAUCACCAAGCCAUGGCUGGUGAUUGGCUUGAUGGCUUUGACUGAAGUGCUUUUUGUGGCCCUCUCAAUCACAGGAAAGAAAUUGGGAGGCCGCCCUGAACUCUUGCGAUUUCUUCAUUACGGCUUGGGUGCUCUAGCAACCCUGCAGUUUGGUUGUAUACCCAUCGCACCAGAGAUCGAGCAUAUCUCCACUGCCUUUAUGCUCUUCAUCUUCUGUGGCUUCAAUAAAUCAUUUCAGCUUGGCUUCGUUCUGACCUUGGCAAGGCUUCCGGGCCAGCACGAUGUUCUUCCCAUUGUCAGCCUCUACUGGCCAAUGAUGGCAAUUCUGCGGACGCUCACUGCACCCUCCACGAAUUGGUAUGCUGCAGGGAACUUGACCUACCCCUAUUACCCUCGUUUGUUGGACCGCGCCGACUAUGUUGCUGGUGCUGUGGUGGUGAUGUUUGUCGUGGACCGGCUUGGGCGCAUGAUGAAUUGCAAACCAUUGCCAGCCUUCAUGGGCUACGGUGCCUUGUUGCUUUACCUGCUCCACCCCUGGAUGAUGGCGUUGCUGAUUGUCGCUGUUCGUGGAACCCGGUUGGAAGAUACAGGAUCCAUUUGGAUCAUGUGCAUUUUGGUUUCUGGGCUUGCUGGCUUUGUUGCCACGUGCCCUUGGAGGAGUUGCGCUGCGCGCUCACCAAAGCAAUAUGGUACCAGCAGUGAUUCUGAAGCCAGUAUGGAGGAGGAAGACAGUCAUGGAAGUGCGUGA